GAUGGACAGAACCACUUUAACCACACUUAUUUCCAUGCUGUCCCUCCUCAGCUGGAGAUGUUUUGCUGAGGAGGGUAUAGGUGUCCCACCCUGCCCAGAAUCCCAGGAAGGUUUUGACGGCUCUUGCUAUGAGUUUGUAGGUCUGCAACGAUCUUUUCUUAGCGCUCAGGAAUGGUGUGAGCGAGGCGGAGGACACCUAGCCUUCAUCUUGAACGAUGAAAUGCAACAGUUCCUCCAGAAGCACCUGGCGCCAGAGAAGGACUGGUGGCUCGGGCUGGCACCUGCAGCUCCAAACCUCACGCUAGACUCUGCUGCUACUGAAGGUUCCCUUGCAUGGUUGGACGGCUCAGAUGUCAGCUAUAGUAACUGGGUAAAUAUACCAGAUGCAAAAGAAGCCUGUGGACAUAUUCAGAGACAUUCAGGCUUUCAGUGGGAAGCCACAGAAAACUGUAGCCAAGAACUAAAUUUCAUUUGCCAAUUUGAUUCAGGGAGGUCUAUUGCAUGUGAUGGCCAAAAUGCUACCUUGCAGUGUGGCUCUGGUCAAGUUAUAGAGAUUGACGACAGCUUCUACGGUCGAAAAACAAUUCACUACUGUCGCUCCAAACAUACGGCAUCACCCACGUCCUCCCAGGAGGAGUGCAGUUGGAUAGAUGUGGUGGAUUCAGUAACAGCUCAUUGCCAUGGACUGCAGGCUUGCCAGGCUCCAGUGGAUCUGAGCUCUUUUGGAGAACCAUGUCCUGUGCUGGGAAGUUACCUUUCUGUAGAGUACCGCUGCAAACACGGACUUCACCUAUUGAUGAGCAAACUGGCAUCUGUCUUUGAUAAUGUCACCAUCACGGUGAAGUGGCUCCUUCAUCCAUUUCAGGGGAACUUAACAUGCACAGUUAAUGCGGGCGAUGGCCACAUUAUUGAUCCAUACAGCCCAGAAGAGAUGGAGAGCAGAAUUAUACACAAGUACAGCCGUCCUGGUGUUUUCAUGGUCGGAGUGGAGUGCACUACCAGUGACUGGCAUGUUACAGCUCAGAAAGCCAUAACCAUUCAGGAGCCUAUUGGAGAGUUCAGUAUGAUCAAGUGCUAUAGCAGGAAUGUGUCAACAGGUGGCACUAAAUGCAGUGCACUUUAUGGCAUUCCUGUUCAUAUCCAACUUAUGGUAGAGGCAGGUUCAAAUGUCUUCUACACAAUUCAUUAUGGAGACAGUUUGGUUGCAAACUCAUCGGUGGACAGAGGAAUCACACCCCACAACAUUACACUGAAUGCAAGGGAAGUGGAGAAGCUCGGACAGGGCUGCCGCAAUUUGACUGUAGCUGCGUCGAACAAGGUCACGAGCCGCACAGUCUCCACUGAUCUGGAGCUGUGCUUGCUGGAGCCUGUUGACGGCCUGCAGGCUUCUAUGAUAACAAAAGAAGACGUGUGUCCAGACUCCACUGAUCUUGUCAUCGGUGUCUCGUUGGAAAAAGGAGACCCCGCGGAGCUGCUCUUCACUCUCACCGGAGCCGAAGACACACUGUCUGAGACCAGAGAUAUGCUCAAUCACAGCUUACAACAUUAUACAUUUUCCAGCCCAAUAGAAGGAUUGUUGGCAGUGAAUGUACGAGCCAUAAAUGCCCUUUCUGACUCUAAUGUGGACGUGGAUUUAGAGAAGUUGCUUCAAGCUUGCCAGAAUUACUCAGACUUUUCACCAGACAAAGACGACAAUACAACAGACGAUAUGAGUGUUGACGACCCGACUGACUUGAAAGUAAUUGCUACUCCUGACAUGGUGGUUGAUUACACUCAGAAUGUCGUCCUGAGAAUAACUGGAACAGAAUCAUUACCCAGCGAAGGUCUCAUGCUUGAAUGGAAAUGUAAAGGAGACUGCAAAUGCAGAAACAAAACAAAUGGGGAAACUCAUGUUAUUGAAAAGGACUGCCUACCAAAUCCAUUUGAAAUGGUCAUAUACACUUUAACUGUGAGGAAAAGAACCUGGUUCAGGGAAUGGGUCAAACUCGCCUCAGCUUCCAAGUGCAUCACUGUUGUUCCUUCAGAGGAAUUCAAAGAUGUCAGCAUCAGCUGUGAUAAUUGUGCUACCAAAAGCGUGAACAAACAUGUGAAUCUAAAACUGAACUGUGUAACAACUUGCCCGGAUGUUGUUUGGUACAUUGAGAACCCCAAACCCUUGACAGGUAAACUCAAUCAGUGUUACUACAAAGCAGGAAGAAGGCCGCCUAUUGAGAAGCAGAAUGGAGGCACUGAAUAUGUUGUACACAGCCAACAUCUGAAAGUUUCAAGGGACAUGCUGCACAACAUCAGUGUGAUUGCUUAUGGCAAAAAUGUGCCUGGUUUUGCCAAGUACAUUCUUCCAAUGCCAGGCCCUGAGCCGACUGAAAUGGCUGCAAACUCAGCAGUGACAACUGAAGCGCCUCCAGACCCCACAGUCCCCUCAUGUACCAUCUCUCCACCAUCAGGGACUGUACUUGAUGCUUUUGACAUUACCUGCAAAGUAACCUCUUUCUGCUCCACUGACUGUCUUUACUGCCUCAAGACUAACGCAGGCAAACACCUGCGCUGCAGUAAUGCAAAUGAGGUGAAAUCUGUCUUCCUGCCUCUUGGAGAUCAGAACAACGAUUACAAGCUGUCUGUGGUGGUGACUCUGACAAGUGAACAUGAAAAAGCCACCACGACUCUCACCACUCAGGUACUGGAAAGUAAUUCCAGUACCUCCAUAGAGAGUCUCCAGUCUACAGUGGAGAAUACUAUAGGCCAGUUAGAGCAGCAAGGACUGCUCUCUGGUGAAGCACUUGGACAAAUAUUCACCUCAGUUUCUGACAUGAUCAAUGCACAGGCUGGCCAAGAUCAGAAGGAUGCAAGGUCGAAGCUCCGAGAACAAAUGCUGACCAAAAUGACUGUGGUUCUGCUAGAUUCCCCCACCAACACAACUCAAGCAGUACAAGUGACAGCCAGAGCUGUGGCUGGUCUCACUAAGCUCUCAGACGAGCUCAGUCGUGUUGCUCAAGAAGAAGCUGGUUUACUGUUGGUAGACCUCAGCUCCUCCCUCCACACUAUCAGUGUCAAUCAGCACAGCCAGGACGAUGAAGAAGUUGUGCAAGCAGCUACACCCAUAGUUGAUGCAGCUAGCAAUAUUCUCAAUGUUUCAUCCAAUAAAAAAGUUUCAGAUCUUCUUCUGGCUGGGAUAGACAAUGUUCAGAGUGCUUUGCUGAAUAAUAAAAGGCUGAAUGGAGAGCCUGCUAUUAUUGAUUCUGGUCAGAUCAGUGUGUAUGUCAAUAGGAUAUCUCUGGGUAACAUGCAAAUGCAAGAUAUAAAUGUCCAGAAGAACAGCUCCUCAAGGUUUUCCUUUCCCACACUGCCUGCUGAUGUCGUCUCUCCAGAGGAACCAGUUGAUGUCAGGAUGAUGAGUUUCGAGAAGAAUCCUUAUUCUUGGAGGGAAGCAAACAUCACCGGAACUGUAGGAUCCCUUUCUCUCACCAGGCUGAACGGCACCGUCAUCCCUGUUGAGGACUUGCCUGAAGAGAUAGAGAUUCUCUUACCAAGACUUGACGAUGGGCAGGCAAACAGCACAGUCCUGGACCUUGCCAAUUUUAGCACAUUAAUAAUUGACGUUCCCUCACCAGAUGUAACGCUCGUGCUGAAAAUGGAGCCAUCUGAAGACAUUUCCUUCAUGCUAUUUCUGGGAUAUAAAGACUAUCCAAAUGAUGACACUUAUGUAGCCAAGACUCAGGUCCCCCUGGAGAAUGUAAAAGAAGGUCAAUAUAAUAUCUUGUUUUGGGGGAAAUUAUUUCUGUAUUACUUGGUACGCAUUAGGCUGUGCGUAUACAGUAUGUGCUGUACACAGAUGCAACAGAAUGUUGUCUGCAUGUACAUUACGUAUGUGUGUUUAAUGUGUCUUUCUAAUGAAGAUGAAAAAUUUACCUGGGUGCUGAGUCCCAAAGACAGAACAGGAGAUGUUGGAGUGCACUACCUUGUUAUGAGGCCCAUUGUAGAGCCAGGUACCAAAUCCAUCAACGCCACUGUCACUGUUAUUUCCAUCGCUGCCCAGUGUAAAUACUGGAAUGAAACUGAGUCUGCUUGGAGUGAAAAUGGCUGCAGGGUUGGUCCGCUCACCACGCCUUUGGUCACGCAGUGCCUCUGCAACCACUUAACUUUCUUUGGCAGCUCUUUCUUUGUCAUGCCCAAUUUAGUGGAUGUGUCACGCACCGCUGAACUUUUUGCUACAUUUACUAACAAUCCUGUGGUGGUAUGUUUUGUGGGGGCCAUUUUUGCUGCUUAUCUAGUGGUGGUUGUCUGGGCAUGCAGGAAAGACAUCCAGGACUCAGCCAAGGUACUUUUCAGUCAAUACUGUAGGUUUAAAAUGAUUCAGACUCACCAUAAUGCCUUUCAUAGAUUCACUGAUUUUAUAAUGAAUAUUACAGUAUACAUUCAUUUGCAGGUCAAGAUAACUGUACUUGAGGACAAUGACCCCUUGGCUGAGUAUCGUUAUAUGCUGAAUAUUAGCACAGGGCACCGGCAUGGUGCGUCCACUUCCUCUCAGGUCACAAUAACUCUGCUGGGUACAGAGGGAGAAAGCGAACCGCACCACCUCACAGACUCUGAGAAACCUGUGUUUGAGAGGGGCGGGGUUGACAUGUUUCUGCUGACCACACACUUUUCUCUCGGGGAUCUGCAGAGCAUCAGACUGUGGCAUGACAACUCAGGAGAACAUCCUGCAUGGUAUGUCAACAAAGUGAUGGUGCAAGAUCUAGAGACUGGUCAGAAAUGGCACUUUCUGUGUAACUCCUGGCUGGCCGUAGAUGUAGCAGACUGCACUCUUGACAAGGUCUUCCCAGUAGCAACAGAGUCAGAUUUGAAAAGGUUUAGUAACUUGUUCUUCAUGAAGACAGCCAAGGAUUUCCGUGAUGGCCACAUCUGGUUCUCUGUUAUUAGUCGGCCUCCCUGCAGCACAUUCACACGUGUGCAGCGGGUGUCCUGCUGUUUUUCCCUGUUGCUGUGCACCAUGCUGACCAGUAUCAUGUUUUGGGGUAUCCCCACAGAUCCCUCAGAGCAGACCAUGGACCUGGGUCACAUCGAGUUCACCUGGCAACAGGUGAUGAUUGGAGUUCAAAGUUCAAUCAUCAUGUUUCCCAUUAAUCUCCUUAUCGUGAGCAUCUUCAGAAACACUCGUCCUCGAGAGAAAACCACCAAAACGGAUGCGUCGAAAAAAGGGAAGACUGUUCGAGUUUCUCCCUCACAGACUUCAUCGCCUGAAAAAGAACUGAAGGACAUCACACCAGACACUGUGAUCAAGGACAUAAAAAGAAUUGCUCAGUCACUCUCAAAGGCCAUGAAGAGUCCACUGCCACAUCUGGAGCUCCAUCCUGGUCAGCAGGCUGACAUCAACACUCUGCUGUCUCUGGUUGAAGACAUCAUAAGACAACAGAACCGAGCAGCUGGAGACUUCUACAAUGACGCCUCCAAGAGUGAUCGCUCCAUGAUCCUAAGUUUAGGAGCAGUGAAUUUACAAGAAAACGGUGUGUGGGGGAGUCCUGAGAAGGCUUCAGAUGAAGUUCAGAAGAAGAGCAACAACAGCCGGUACCUGUACAGGCAGCUGCGUCAUGUUGAGAAGGAGCUUGGUCUGUUGGGUCCUUCUCGUUUCCCAAACUCAGAAUGCUACAACCGGGCCAUGCAGCAAGUUCAGGGAAUGAAGGGUCUUCUGGAGUACCACCUGUCGUCGGGCAGUCUGGACGUGGACCAGCACGAUCGCAGCCCCAGUCCAGAAGAGAACAUCGAUGGGAACAUUAACAAGACGAGCAGUAAAGGAGGGCUGCCAUGGUGGUUUGUGUUUGUGGGCUGGAUAUUGGUGAUCGCAACCAGUGGUGUGUCAGGAUACUUUACUAUGAUGUACGGGCUGACGUACGGAAAAGACCGUUCUAUUAGCUGGCUUAUCUCCAUGGUGGUCUCCUUCUUUGAGAGUCUCUUUAUCACCCAACCUCUGAAGGUUCUUGGAUUUGCUGCUUUCUUUGCUCUUGUUCUGAAGAAAGUUGACCAGGAGGAGUACGGCGAGCCUCAGAUAGAUGACAGCUUCAGAAACACAGAUGAUCCUGAUGCAGUGCGGGCAUGGAGAAGAGACAGCACAUGCAGCUUCUAUCAACCACCACCUCCCACCGACAUCGAGAGGAUUCGGAACAACAUGAUUAAAGAGCAGAAAGUCUUUGCCCUCUUAAGGGAGAUUCUUGCUUACAUGGGAUUUAUGUGGAUGUUGCUCCUGGUUGCAUAUGGUCAGAGGGAUCCCAAUGCUUACUUUUUGACACAACACAUUCGCCAGAGCUUCAGCAAAGGGAUCUCAGACAGCAUGAGUAUUCAGGAUGUGUUCAACUGGGCAAACACAACUCUGCUGACCAACCUGUUCGGAGAGCACCCAGGAUUUAUCACAGAUGGAAACUCAAAGCUAGUGGGUAACGCUCGUCUCCGCCAGGUGAGGGUGCAGAAUAACUCGUGCCACAUCGCUCGUUCCAUGCAGAGGUCUGUGUCAGACUGCCACUCUCCAUACUCAUGGGAAUCAGAGGAUAUGGGCUCCUAUGGCCCAGGCUGGAGUCACUCGGUGGCUGAUAACGCCUCAGUGAAUGUUCAAAGCCCAUGGACGUACCAAUCUCAGGCUAAACUCAGGGCUUACCCCAUCUGGGGCAGGGUGAUGCUCUAUAGAGGUGGAGGGUUUGUGACUGAUCUGGGGCCGGACUUACAAAACUCCAGCCGAAUCCUUCGUUACCUUUACGACAACACCUGGUUUGAUAUGUACACCCAAGCGAUCUUUGUUGAGUUCACUGUGUACAAUGCUAACGUCAACCUUUUCUGCAUUGUCACACUGAUGUUGGAGACGACAGCCAUAGGGGCUUUCCAGUUCCACAGUGAGCUUCAGAGUGUGCGUCUUUACCAGUCGACUGGUGGCCUUCACAUUUUUGUCAUGGCUUCGGAAGCCAUCUACUUCCUAUUUAUCAUCUACUACAUGUUUGUUCAGGGAAAGCUGAUGAGGAAACAUAAAUGGGCGUAUUUCAAGAGCAAGUGGAACCUGCUUGAGUUGGCAAUCAUCAUUCUCAGCUGGAGUGCACUGUCUGUCUUCAUCAGGAGGACUUUAACAGGGGAGAGGGACAUGAACUAUUACCAGAACAACAAAGACCAAUAUGCCAGCUUCCAUGAGACAGCCAAGGCUGAUGCAGUGCUCGGAUAUCUGAUUGCCUUCCUUGUACUGCUGGCUACGAUCAAGCUGUGGCAUCUGCUGAGACUGAACCCCAAGCUGCACAUGAUCACAGCCACACUGCAGCGAGCCUGGGCUGAUAUUUCAGGCUUCCUGGUGGUCAUGACCAUCAUGUUCCUGGCCUACUCCAUUGCUUCCAACCUGAUGUAUGGGUGGAAGCUGUAUUCCUAUCGGACCCUGCUUGAUGCAGCACAGACCAUGGUUAGCUUGCAACUUGGCAUUUUUAACUACGAAGAGGUUUUGAAUUAUAAUCCAGUGCUCGGUGCUUUCCUCAUCGGCUCCUGUAUUGUGUUCAUGACCUUUGUGGUGCUGAACCUCUUCAUCUCUGUCAUUCUGGUGGCAUUCAGUCAAGAGCAGAUCCAUCACAAGCCAUCAGAAGAAGAAGAGAUUGUCGACCUGAUGCUAAUGAAACUCUGCAGUUUGUUUGGACUCAAAUUUAAGAAACAAGAAGGUGUUGGCAUGACUGAGAAGAUGGAUGUUUCAUCUGCAGCAUAUGACAGGCCUGCAACCAUUUCUGCUGGAAAUAUCCAUUAGGGAUAAUUUGUUACACUAGGGUCAACAACAUGAUAAGACACACAAAAUGCCUUGCUUGAGAUAUUGCUCGCCAUUUAUUGCUUCAUUUUGCUGUCAUGUUGUCAUUUUGUGACCAAAUGUUCAUCCUUGUCAAUAUCAGUAUAUUAUAUCCUUAUGUUAUGCACCAUACACUGAGGCAUUUUAUUUUGGACGCAGUAUAUUUUGUCAAACAAGUAAAUUUGUGUUUCUGUAACUUAAUGUUGUAGAAUAAUGUGCAUAUAUUCUAGUGAAACGUUCCUCUAAUUGCAAGGGAUUUUGGGGUCAGUGACAGACCAUAAUCAUGUGAGUUUCCCUUUACAGAGACACUUUAAAUGUUAUGAGUAAUUUCCACUUGCUGCAAGCUUAUGUUUUUCACAAAUAAGUAUAAAGAAUAAGUAACAAAAUAAUAAUCAGUUUCAGUGGGUUUAGCAUAUGAUGUUGCUAAUUUUGAAACAAGGUCAAGAAACUGUAAAAUACAACUGAUAUAAUUUAAGUGAUUGUAGAUGUUGCAAUAUUCAACAAGAUAUCGUUUUACUUAUGUAUAUAGUCAAAAUACAAAGUAGUCUGUGAUAUGAUCUGAAGAUCUGUGAACCAUACACAUCACACCUCACACAUACUAUACACAUACCAUAGUGCAACCAACUACCCUAGCGCCAUUAAACUGGAAGUAUCAAGAUGACAUCUGAAGAGUAGAAUUCAAUUUUCUACAAUAUGUUUGAACUGAAACAUCAAAAUUUAAAUACUGCAUGCUUCUUAUAUGUGCUUCUGCAACUGUGCGGCACUUUGUUUGACCAAGGUUGUUAAAUGUGCUCUGUAAAUAAACUGUGACUUGACCUGACGAAUCAAUCAUGCAAUAGUGACAACUAAUGUGCAUUCAUCUUAGCUGUACUGUGGAGGCAGCAGAUACAGAGAUGACAGAAGGCCAAACUCUGUGAUCAGGCUGCUGGUGGACAGUCUAGAUGCAGCUCAACAAUGAAUUAGGAAAGUGGAGAGUCACAUUUCUCUCUCUUUGGCUUGGCCUGCAAUUGCACACAUAAUACACUUAAUAUUUACUAUAUUAGCACUAUAUUAGCAAUAGUAUUAUAUUAUAUAUUUACUAUUAUAAACAACAACACUAUAAUCUAUCAUAUAUUAAAACAGUGAUAAAUUUCACGUCAUGAUUUCAAUUCUAUAGUAAAAUGCACUGGUACAUUCAUGUGUAAGGUAUGUUUACUGCUUGCGUAAUAAUUUAAUUGUUCUUUUUGGGUUUUUCUCUUUUUCUUUUAAGAAAAUUAAAAAAAAAAAAAAAUCUGCAUAUUCAUUCAGGGGUUCCUGUGCCUAUAUUAAAGUCAUUUUAAACGUGUUUUAUUUGUUAAACAGAAUCUCCAAAAAAAUAUAGACAUCUUUCAUUGGCCAAACACUCAUAAUGGUCUAGUUUAUCGAAAACAACAUAAGAGCACAAGUACAUAGAAAGCCAAUGUACACCAGUAAUAAUAAUAGAAUAUUGAUGAAAUUUACACUGAGGGGAAAAAAACAC